UGUGCCGCAAUCACCAGCUAACAUGCUACCUGCAUCUCGCUAACUCUAACAAUAUAUUUCCUACUUCAAGAAAACUUUGUCUUUCUUAUAUUUAAACUUUCUGUACCUCUCUUUCCCCUCAUGGCUCCCAAGAAUACUGUCACUGAUGCAUCCACUAAAAAAGUUAUGAGCAAAGGAGCAUGGACGGCAGAGGAAGAUAACAAACUAGCUCACUGCGUUGAAGUUCAUGGUGCAAAAAGGUGGAAAACAGUUGCACUUAAAUCAGGUUUAAAUCGAUGUGGAAAGAGUUGCAGAUUGAGAUGGAUGAACUAUUUGAGACCUAACAUCAAGAGAGGCAACAUAUCAUGUGACGAAGAGGACUUGAUUAUCAGGCUUCAUAAGCUGCUAGGAAACAGGUGGUCACUGAUUGCUGGGAGACUUCCAGGACGAACAGAUAAUGAAAUUAAGAACUACUGGAAUUCUCAUUUGAGCAAGAAAAUUAUAGAUCAAACUCAAAAGGAGAAAAUGCCAGAUCAACCUUCCACGCCGCUAGCCACCAUGCACCAAAAGACUUCGGAUGCCAUUCAGGUCGAGGAAGAGGGCAGCGCUAGAGAAGCAUGGAACUUGGAGACUGGGAACUUUGAUGUCGACGAGUUCUUUGACUUCUCCGCUGAAGGAUUUUAAUGGGUUGAUAAAUCUCUUCAACUUUAUGGGGAUUCAGUGGCUCACCGAUCGUUAAGAGGUGACCAUUAUGUGAUGCAAUGAAAGUGGUGUUAGGAAGAAUG